AUGUCAGUUGGGGCCAACGUCGCGGUUGUAGAGGAUGUGGAUGCUGUCGCACCAAGCGAACCAAGCGAACAGCAGCCCCUCCUCACCUCUUCUACCAAACCAUCGCACUAUACGGUCGUUGUCACAGCCUCUCAAGACGACGAAGUAGCGGACUCAGAUGUAGAUGCUGCUGCAGCAGCAAAGCCGAGGUCAAUUCAGAAGAUCUUGUUUCAAACGCUUGUCGUACUUUUCGGAGUGUUCAUUCUCGUCCUUUUUAUUAAAGGAUUUAUCGAUGCCGACGACGUGGAGUUCGAUCUAGGAACUGCCCUCAAGAAAGCUCUUGGUGGCGGACUCAGCGGCGCUGCAGCCAUGGUCCUCCAGGUGUUGACUUUGAUGCCUCUCCGAACGGUAAUGAACUACCAAUACCGCUACGGGACAACAACUACCGAAGCGAUCAAGAUCCUCAAUGCAGAUGGUGGAUUUUCUCGGUUCUACCAAGGUCUCACUGCGGCGCUCAUCCAGGGGCCCAUCGCGCGAUUCGGCGACACGGCUGCCAAUGCAGGGAUUCUUGCCUUACUGCAGGGUAAUGUGUACAUGAAGAAACUUCCCACUUUGAUCAAGACUGUGUUCGCGAGUGUUGCCGCUGCAUGCUUUAGGAUGAUACUUACACCUGUGGAUACGGUCAAGACGGCCCUGCAGACGCAGGGCAGGGAUGGAUUGAAGUUACUUAGGGAAAGGGUGAAGAAAUACGGUAUUGUCAGUCUCUGGUACGGCGCAUUUGCCACGGCAGCUGCGACCUUUGUUGGCCACUAUCCCUGGUUUGGGACAUACAACUACCUGGACGCUGUUCUUCCACUGCCCGUCACUCUGGCACAAAAAUUCCUUCGGUCUGCAUUUAUAGGCUUUGUUGCAUCUGUUGCUUCCGAUAGCAUUUCCAACUCGUUACGUGUCGUCAAGACGUAUCGCCAGGUAAAUGCGACACGUAUCAGCUACAUCGAUGCCGCGCGGGCUGUCAUUGCUGCGGACGGACUUCAAGGAUUACUUGGGCGGGGCUUGAAGACCAGGAUAUUGGCUAAUGGAUUACAGGGAUUGAUGUUCUCGGUCCUAUGGAAACUGUUCAUGGACUUAUGGAAUGAGAAAACCAAGUAA